AUGUCAGAAGCAGCAGAACCAGAGGCCAGCUUGCUGGUGGUGGUGCUGGACACAAACACAGCGGCGUGGGAGCGGUGCCCGCUGCAGUUUGACCGGGCACUUCAGCAAGUGGUCAUUUUCUUGAACGCAUACCUGGCCCUAAAGCCCGAGAAUAAGCUGGCAGUCAUUGCAACCAACAAGUCCGAGUGCCGGUAUCUGUACCCAACCGAGUUCACAGACGAAACCACGAUUCCAGAGAUGCAGGUAUACGAGCAGUUCCGCGACGUCGACACAAAAGUGCUCACAGGCGUGCAAAAGAUGAUUGAGAGCGGCAGCAUGAGCAGCGACACGCCAGCAGGCAUCGAGCAGGGGCAGAGCCAGGUAUCGCGGGCACUGUCCAAGGCCCUCUGCUAUAUUAACCGAGGUACCAAGGCGUCGGUGAACAAGAUCUGGCCGCGCAUCCUGGUGGUGUCGGUGGCAGACGAUGCGCCGCGUGAAUACAUUGCCCUAAUGAACACGAUUUUUGCGGCACAAAAGCUCGGCGUGCUCAUCGAUGUAUGCAAGGUGGUGGGCAGCGACUCGGUGUUUUUGCAGCAGGCAGCCGAGAUCACCGGCGGAAACUACCUGAAGGUUGAUACACAGGAGAACAGAGGGUCGCUGCUGCAGAGCCUGAUGUUCACUUGCUUGGCUGACCACUUUACCCGCAGCAUGCUGUACUCGCCACACAACGACUUGAUUGAUUUCCGGGCGACGUGCUUCUGCCACAAGCGGGUGGUGGACAUUGGAUAUGUGUGCUCGGUGUGCCUGUCGAUUUUCUGCAAAAUGGCGCCUGUGUGCUCGACGUGCAAGACAAAGUUCUCGUUCAAGCUGGUCAGAGCACCGUCGGCUGCUAACGGCACGUCAGCAGGGAAAAAGAAACCCCCGGUAAAUUAG